CCAUCAGCGCACAAACUUAUAAGAGGAGCGACCGUCUAAAUUCAGGUGGAGAAAGAAAGCAAAGUUAGCGACACUAUUUUCAGCCCGGUGCCAUUUACUUGUUUCCCUCGCGUUAUCUGGCAACCCCGAGCUAACUGCGACAGCGCCAAUGGCAGCAAAACAGAACUGUUAGAAGCGAGGAGGAUGACAGCAACAAGGUGAGAGGAGAUGAUGAAGAAGAUGAGCGCCGUCUGAAAGCCAACCAUGGCAGCGAGGAUUACAUAGUUCAAUUUGUCUGCUGAAAAGGGGAAGAGCAUCCAUUUCAACCUGCGUAACGAGUCUCAACACCAAGUAUGAUUCUUUGGCAGCGGCGAAGGUGAGGAAGCAUGGCGCGGAAAGCUGAGGCGCUGAGACGGCCGUGAUGACAGCAUGGUCCAUGGUGGAGAAGCUCAAAAUGGAAAAACGCCCAUGCCGGGAGCAGAACAUUGACUCAAGGGAGGCCGAGCAUGCCACGGACGAGUCCGAGGACGGAAGCAGCUCCGAGAGCGAGUCGGAGGAGCAGCAGUGGCGGCGGCAGCAGCACCCCCACAGGCCUCAGCUGGGAAACAACAGCUGCAGGAAGAGGGAGCCCCUCGCCGUCACCAAACCCCACCGCCAGCUCUGCCGCUCUCCAUGCCUCGACCGGCCCAGCUUUUCCCAAAGUAGCACCCUGCAAGACUUUCGCGACGAUGACUCCGGCGGCGGCAGUGUUGGCGCCACACCAGGCCUCAAGCCCGCCAGCGGAAGGGAGUACCAAACCAAGAUGGAGUUUGCUUUGAAGCUGGGCUACUCCGGAGACCAGGUGGAGACGGUGCUCAACAAGUUGGGGGCCACGGCGCUCAUCAACGACAUUCUCGCCGAGUUGGUCCGGCUCGGGAAUAAAGCGGAACACGAAGCUCAACCCUGCAGUGCCACCGUCCCGUCAACGUCACGGCCCCCCUGUGUGAAAGAAACUGUCAGUCCGGAAGUUUCAGUAGAAGAAGAAUCCGUUGAUACGUAUGAUAACCUUCGACCCAUCGUCAUUGAUGGGUCUAACGUGGCGAUGAGCCACGGGAACAAGGAGGUUUUCUCUUGUCGCGGUAUCCAGCUGGCGGUCGAGUGGUUUCGAGAGAAAUUACACAAAGACAUCACUGUGUUUGUCCCCGCCUGGAGGAAGGAGCAGUCGAGACCCGACGCCCUCAUCACAGAUCAAGAAAUCUUGCGCAAACUGGAGAAAGAGAAGAUCCUGGUUUUUACCCCGUCUCGAAGAGUCCAGGGCAGGAGGGUGGUGUGCUACGAUGAUCGCUUCAUAGUGAAGCUGGCUUACGAUUCUGAUGGAAUUAUUGUGUCAAAUGACAACUACAGAGACUUGCAAAACGAGAAACCAGAGUGGAAAAAAUUUAUAGAAGAGCGCCUCCUGAUGUAUUCAUUUGUCAAUGACAAGUUUAUGCCACCUGAUGAUCCGUUGGGAAGACAUGGGCCGAGCUUAGAAAACUUCCUCCGCAAGAGGCCUGUGGUUCCAGAGCACAAAAAGCAGCCUUGCCCUUAUGGGAAAAAGUGCACAUAUGGUCAUAAGUGCAAAUACUACCAUCCGGAGCGCGUGAACCAACCACAGCGAUCCGUGGCCGACGAACUGCGAGCCUUCGCCAAACUGUCCGCGGUAAAAACAAUGAGCGAAGGGGCUUUGGCUAAAUGUGGUACAGGUCCAGCCGCCGUUAAGGGGGACGUCGGCUCUGAAGCGAAACGCGUGGCGCCUAAACGCCAGUCCGACCCCAGCAUCCGCUCGGUGGCCUGCGAACCCAUAGAGGCGCUCUCCGUCGCCCGGAAGUCCGAGACGAAUUCAGUGCCUUCCCUCGUGUCUGCUCUCAGCGUGCCCACCAUGCAGCCCGCCAAGAGCCACGCAGCCGGGGCAUUAAACACCCGCUCAGCCAGCAGCCCCGUUCCAGGCUCUCUGCAGUUUGCACACAACUCUCUAGAGCACAUGUCCAGCAUACAGUACCCCCCCAUUUUAGUCACCAACAGCCACGGCGCCUCCGUGACGUACAGCGAACAGUUCCCCAAGUACGACUCGGUCAGCGACCACGGAUACUACUCGCUCCACAGCGAUUUUUCCAACAUGAGCAUGAGCAGCAUGCACAACGUGGACAGUUUCUGUAGCAUGGAGCACGAGCAUGUGUACCAGAGAACCCCCAGCCACUGCCCCGAGUCCUGCCUCAGCCACUCCAACAGCGACUCAUUCUCCUCCUAUGGGGAGCUGUACCCGAGCUCUGUGGACAGCAGCCUGGAGGAGAGCAUCAAGGGGCAGCAGCAGGCUCCAACGCAGGCGAGGAUGCAGGCCUUCUCCCACGGGUUUCGCCACGACGUUCUCACCAGAGUCCAGAGUUACGGACAGGAGGAGCCUAAGCAAGGUCCUCGCAAGCAGUCCGGGGCGCACCUCGCACCUCACAUCCAGCACGCCACGGUGGGAGCCCGCUCCAGCUGUCCUGGAGACUACCCGCUCGCCCAGAACGUCCUGCCACCAUUGUCCUCGCAGCCAACGCGGUCUCUAGGGAUGACACGCAUGGACAGCAUAUCGGACUCUCGGCUGUACGACAGCAACCCGAUGAGGCAGAGGCGGCCGCCGCUGUGCCGCGAGCAGCAUGCGAGCUGGGACCCGCUGCCCUGCGGCAACGAGUCCUACGGAUAUCACUCGUAUCCGCUCAGUAACAGCCUGAUGCCGUGUUGCGAGCGGGUGAUGGUCCGCAGCAUGCCAGACAAAAUGGAGCAAAUCUGGAACUCGCCGUGGGAGAACCCGUCCGCGGCCGAGCACCAAGAGCGGUACGUCAUUCCAGAUCACCAGUACCAAACAUACAGGAACCUCUGCAACAUCUUCCCCGCGUACAUCGUCCACUCGGUCAUGGAGAAGAACCCUCAUUUAACAGAUCCACAGCAGCUCGCAGCUGUGAUUGUCACGAAACUGAGGUCAUGCCACUGAGCAAUGAGGAAUUUGAUCAGAGAUUAGGCAUUUAUUCGCUGUGGCUGCAUGUGCAGCUCUCAGGAGCUUCUUAUUCGUCUUGUAUCGUUGGAAAUUGUGUGGAUCAGAUUAUAGAUCUACAAAAAAUUGCAUAUAUUUGGGGUAAAAAAAAACUAACUCAUGGUAGAAGAUGUUUUUUAUCUGAAGUUUAGUGUAGCCGAUAUGAAAAGUGGAACUCUUUUAAAGGAACUCAUUCAUAACACAUUCACACCGCCUGAGCAGGAGCAGCAAAGCUACAUUUGUUCACCGUCACUUUAUUUUAGAAAAUAUUUGCAGGAGUGUUGAUACGUUUAACAAAUAUUUAAUUUUUUUUAAGCAUUCACAUAGCAUUUCUUAUAUGUUUGAAUGUACUCAUUAAAACAGACUCGGUAGCUAUAAAUGCGGUGAUAUGCUUUAACCGUUGUCAAAUUACAACCAGAAACUUCAGUGUGUUUAUUGAAAAGUUAUGCAAUAUGCAAAGGUCUUUAGCCUCUUUUAAUCUAAUAACCCUAAAUAAAAAUCCAGCGCAACCUGUUGCCUUCAGAAGUGUCAAAAAGGUCUAAAAGCAUUCCCCUGAACACACCAUCUCCAUGGUGACAACAUCAUUUUCUUCAGAGGGAGAAGGGAAGGUGAAUGGAUCUAAUGAUGGCGCAGUCCUUCAAGAAAACGAGUUAGAAGCUGUAAAAAACUAAUACUUGGAUAGAGGUACACUUUCCAGAAGGACAACAAUCUAAACAUCCAGCCAAAACUGCAAUGGCAGGAUUUAAGUAUAUCAAAGCAUAUUCUUGUGUUAGAAAAGGUCCAAUCAAAGUCCAGAUCUGAUCUCCAUUAAAAAUGUGUGUCAUAACUUUCUGUUCAUAUGCCCUACAUGUAAUCUGAACAAGCUUGAGAUAGUUUAAUAAGAAUAAGCUAAAUUUUACCAUCUAAGGUGGUAAAGGUGUACCUCAAAGAGACUUAUCACUAUAAUUCCAGUAAAAAAUGCUUCUGUUCGCUAAGGGGGCCGAAUAAGUAUGUACACCACAGUAUUCACAUUUUUAUUUGCAAAUAAAUUUUUUUGCAUAAGCUGGUGUUGGCAUAUCACGUCUUAACAACAAAAUGAAAAGUCUUGAGAAACAAUUUGUCAAGUUUCCACAGCUCUCAAAAUACAGCAACAAGUUGAAAACAUUCCUUUCUAUUCAUCAGUAUACAGCUACAUUAAAGCUGCUGCUUUUAUAGAAAUGGUGAAGUUGGUUGUACUUGCCAAAGAUACUCUGUUAUUCAUGGCAGUGGCAUUAUCCUUUGAUGUACUUCCGAGGCUUUUUAAGCUGCUAAAGGUGACGCAGCUCAGUCACUGCAUCUCUUUCCUGAACUUUGCUACCUUAGCUAGAGCUUCCUCUCCAAUUGUCCUGGCGUUGUUGUUUCUUCUGCUUACAUUGCUAACGGGGCUAAAUGAAGGAUUGCUUGUUUAGGUAGCUGACUGUAAAUGGCUUCGAAGGUAACAAAAACCAAAUUGUGACUAAGCAUUGCAGAAACGUCCGUACGUAUCAAGGCGCUUCUUAUAUUGAAGAGGUUUAUUGUGUGUGCAAAAAAAAAAAACAUUUUAAGUAUUAAACUCCCUCUAAUAGUUAGGUUUAAUAACUGAAAUGCUCUCAUCGUAUAUUAUUACUAUAUAUUAUUAUUUUAUAAAUUGGCUUGCUAGUUUAACCCUAAACACAUGGCAACAAUUUGCUCGGCAACAAAUCUGGUCAAGGACACAUCUGUGUUUGUCCACAUGUAGCUUUCCUGAAGACGCUGCUCAGGCCCUGUGAACGCGUUUUGUUUCUGGUGGAGUGGAACUAUAAAUAGUCUUGCUUUGCAAUGCCUCUGCUGUACAUAGUACUUGUGAUAUAUAAAUAUAUAUACAUAUAUUUUUGUGCAUUUAUUUUCAAAUGAAGUAAGAGGGAGGUAGGUAUAUACCUCACAGCAUGACCUAUGACUUUAUGGCCUUAUAUCUGAAUGACCUCACGCUUUAGUCAUUGUCUGAUUGGUUCAAGUGGACGUUGUCAUUAAAGCCUAAUAAUUUUCAAACGUAAAGCACUAUCACAAUAUCUAAAGAGAUAUAUUUUCUCAAAAAAGCUACUAUUUUGGUAGGAUUUGACUGUGCACAAAGCAAGCCAAACAGAGAUUUGACUUGUAGAUGCGUGCACAUAUUUAUGUACAUAUGAUCUCACGAAAGCCAUUAUUUUAAAGUUAUUUAUCCGCUGCUAAGAAAUGCCAAAAAAAGAAACACAAACAGAAUUUCUAUAGUGUUACGAAACUAGCAUUAUGGUAAUUUGUUUCUUGGGGUCAAUUGGAGUAUAAUCAAAAAUAGUUCUGUAUUUAGGAUUUCAAAGUUCCUUUCCUGACCUUAUUAUAUGCAGCGUUCAGGAUUUGACUACGAAUAUAUCUGUCGAAUCUCUUGUGCUGGUUGUUUUCAGUGUAAACAACCAGCACAACAGAUAUCUGUUGAAUCUCUUGUGCUGGUUGUUUUCAGUGUAAAAGUCAUCACUAAAUGUUUGUUCAAAGCAGUAGUUCUGUCAACGUCAAGUUUUCUGUGAAGCCGUUGGGUUUCCAGGAGCAGGUUAAUUAAGUUUCACACUUUUACACUCACUCAGUAGUUCUAAGUAGGGAGGAGCCAGUGUGAGAAAUGCAGUGAGACUCCGGUUUCACCACAAAUACAUAGAACAUGCCAUAGAAUUUAAAUAACUUUUAAAUAAAUUUCCUGAUUUAAUUGGGCAACAUACUCUUUUAGUUUUCACACCAUGAUAGAAAAUACUUUCAAACAGGCAAAUUUGCCUUUGUUGUAAGCCAAGGAAAUCAGGUAGCCUUCUUUCAGCCAGCUGACAAGCAGAGUGCAACGGCAAGUGACAAGGGUUCCUAUUUUCCAGGUCUGGAUUAGUACAAAAAAACCCAGGAAAAAUUAUUUGUAUUUCCAUACUCUAUUUAUCCAUCUCAUUUUUAAAUAUUGUAUGCUCCCUUCCUAUUCUUCUGUGUAUCUGUUCUUCCUUUUUUUCCCAUUUUUCUUUCCUCCCUUUCUUAUCCUUUUUCUCUUUUUUUUUCUCCACCAGUAGUUCCUCAUUCUACAUUCCUUCUUUCAACCCUUGUAUUUUGUCUUGUUUCCUUUAUUUCUUUCGUUGCAUGUAUUCUUUCUUGUCUCCUUCCUUUCUUCAUUUUUUCCCUCCAUCCCUCUCCCUGCCUCCCGUUUUUUUCAGUUUCCACGUUUAAAGCCUGCCCAACUGUAGAAAUAAAUGCUCGAGUGAACUUUAGUCUUUUUCGUUGUGAACUGUCAGCACAGUUUGAAAGAAGAUUUCAGUGGCUAUGAAACCGUAACAGUUUUAAACCUUGGCGUCGCUUGAGGUAGUGAGACGGUGUUUCUCCGAUGAAGACUGGGCUCAAAAAGUAUACAGUGGAACGUGAAGCGUUUACAGUGGAAAACUUAUGUAUCAGCAGUAUAUAGGGGCAGCCAAUCACUCACACUCUAACAGUAAACGCUCCUGAGGAUUUGCAGAUGACUUGUAACAUUUUCCCUCCUAGACGUGGUUGGGUUUACGUUUUAGAAGCAGACAACACUAUCUAGUUUCAGUAGGUAUCAAAUUUUAGAUAGGAUAAAAACAUGGCUAAUUGUAUGCAAAGUGAUGCAAGUUAAGAAUCUAUGCUUUGUGAAAACCAAUAUAAUGUAGUUUAUUAUGGUGUAUGUAAUGAAUUCAUGCCUUAAGCUCAUCUUUUCACCAACCUGGCUUCCUAUGUGCAUAUCAGAGUGUUGAGUCUUUGAGAAGGGAGUUUUCCUAGCUGAGGUAAACGCCGUCCUCCACAUUUGUUGGAUAACCCCUUAAAAGAUAUUGGUAUUUUUUGCAGUAACAGAAUCUCAGUCUUAAAAUGUUGCUAGAGUUCUCCAAUAGGGAGCUUUUGAGAUUUUUCCUUUUUUCUUUUCACUAUCUGUGACUUGGAUGCUCAUCCAUCCAACACAUCCAGUUUUACAUUUCAGUUGUUCCUCUGAAAAGUCUGAUAAUCCAGAAAGAGCUGCUACUUUGUGGCUCAACUUUUUAAAGUAGACUUUAAACAUUAGAUUUUAGUUUUAAAAACCAGCAAAGGUAGGUAGGUAAGUAGCUGUUUUGGUGGAAUGAAAUGUGCUCUUGUCUUUCCAAUUUUAAUGAAUGGUAUGUCACAUUUUUUACCCCAGUGGGGCACAGAUAGAUAGUACUUUAAAUUAAUUUUUUUAUUAAAGCAUUUUUUUUUUAGUUUAAGAUUAUUUUACUGCUAUAAAAUAUGAAUUAAUUUUAGGGCAGAGGGUUGCUGGAAAUGCAGUGGAUAUUUGUUAAAACCUGCCACAGUGAAGCAGUGUCAGCCAUCACAGUUCAGCGUUUGCAUCGGAUUUUAUAUUUAUCUGACGUUACAUUUGCCAGAUGUAAAAAAAAAAAUAAAAUAAAAAAUCUGGCAGUAAAGGCUGUAAUUAUCGUCACAUCUUAUAGAUUAUGUCUUCGAAACUGUAAGCAAAAGGGUUUUUUUAUAAGCCAAUAAAGCAAAUUUAGAGGCAGAACUUCCUGUAGGGCUUUUAGUGGGAGGCUUGAUUGCUGGAAUACACACACGUACAAUAAAACAUUUCACAUGGAUACGUGCAGCCAGAGUAGAAGUAGUAUGGAAGGCUGUGCGUUGCAGCACAUUGCUCUCAGGAUGCUUUCAGAUUUUCCAUUUAAAGUCUAUUUAUGCCAGAAACCAUUGGUUACCGUCCACAGUGUGUUCUGAUCUAGCAGUGGUUUAUUUUGUGAAAAAUCCUACAUGUACUAUGUAGUAAAACCCAAAAGUUAGCUAUGUACAGUUCAAUAUAGCAAUGGCAUUGCAAAACUUUGUACUUUUCUGUAUAUUCUCUUUAUGCGCCUUAAGAUCCUGAACAGCGAGCUAUAGGGUUGAGCUUUCACGCUGUGCAACUUCAGUGGGAUUAUUUAGUUGUUUGUGUGAGGCAGAAACACAAAGUGAGAAGUAAAGUGGCGAGGUUUUGACCAGAAAUCUUGUCAGCGAUUCAGCAGGCUCCUAUCUGCUUGUUUUAAUGAGCACCUGCCUCCUCUGUGCUGCCCCCUUCAGGACAAAGCGUGAAACAGGCAGCUGCAGAAGUCGGGGAAGUUGCACCGUGAAAGCCAAACCGCAUAGCAGGGCCACACUUUGCCUGCUUUUAAAGGGAAAUGCCACUCAUUUUUCUGGAUUCAAGAAGGUCAUAUAUUAUUGGCAUGUUCUUUAAUAUGAGAAACUGUGGGGGGAAAAAAGGUUCUUAAAAUCCCCAAUCAGUAAGAAAAGCAGCAUCAUACUCGUGGUGGCAUUACUCGUUAACAGCACUAACUGUGUGAGCCUCUCGGUGGUGCUUUAAAAUAUGGAUUUAUUUUUAAUGUUUUGGGUACAGCCGUGGUAUAUGAGUAGACAUAACGCAUAAAGAGGAAAAAAAAACAAAAAACUGUUGAAUGUGUUCUGCCCGAACGACGUUUUUGGGCUUUGCUGACUUUGUUUUUUUCAUGAAAAAAGACGAGGCCACUUGAGGCCGUCUGUCUGUUCAUGAGAAGGUGAAACAAACUGCCUAAAUGUUUCUACAUGUGAAACAAUCAGAUUGCAAGGCUGCUGUCAAGGUUGUUUCUGGCAUUUGGCUAAAAGUUUGCGUGCCAUCCUUUUCCCCUAGAGAUUACUGGAUUAUCUGAAAAACGUGAAUCUGAAACCCAGGAAAUUUACAUUAAACUGAAGAUUUAAAAAAAAAAAAGAUUAUAAUGUCUAAUCUGAACACUGGAACAGUCUUUUGCCCAGAUGAACUCAAGAGUUAUUACCAAACGUGUGUUAAGGUGAGCUUAGUGAUGUUAGGCACAAAAAAUGUACUUGAUUGUAAAGCGUCUGGUAUAUUGAGCAUGCACAGAGAGAACACAUCCCUUACAAGUAAAAAUUUCAUUAAGAUAGCGGUGUAGCUUUAGUUGUGCAUGUGGAUAAUUCAAAUGAUGAUCAAAUUCUAUGUGAAAAAAUUCAUUUUUUCUUUUUUUAAGUGAUUUUUCUUCACUUGCUUUGCACUUUGCAAUUUAAAACCCUGAGCUAAAUUACUUUAUUUUUGUCUUUAGAUAAGAAAAAAUCCAGACAUAUAGAUAAGAUUUUAAAAAAUGUAUCCAAAAGUAAUAUUUGUGUUGAGAUAAUCAUGGUAAUUCUGUCAUUUUGUUCAAAGAGUCUGGACUUUGUUUUACUAGUACUAGAUUAGACUCAAUAGGUCAGAAUAACAUAUAGUAGAACUAGUGAUUUUUUUUUUUGAAGUACUAUAAAAACUACUGAAAGUCUGGAAAUUUGAGCCAAAAGUACAACUUUUGCCAUGAGAAUAUCCAUAAGUGGAUUCCAGAGAUUUCUGUGCAAUGGACUGCUCCCGCAGCCGAAGUAAACCUCUCACUGUUGUUGGAAAAAUACUUCCAGUGUUCCCGAUGCAGAGGUUCGAACUCUAAGGCACCGUUGGUGAUGUUGCGCCCCUUCCUUCUGGUUUCAAUGUGCCGCAAACAGCUAAGCCACAAAUGUCUAGAAUUGACUUUUGCUUGUUGAUACAAAUUGUAUCUAUACCUUGAAUGUAUUAAAAUAUGAAAUGUAUAAUAUGAAUAUAAUUUUAUUUAAUUGAAUGGGAGAGGGUGUAAUAAUGCCAUAAUGUUUGUGACACUAUGUGUCACUGGGAGUAGCCCACUGGUAUGUACUAAAUCUUACUGGGUACAGUAGUUACUUUGCAGGGACGUUUAUGUGCCACUUAAAAGUGCACAGAUUCCCUGCGUACAGCAGUAAGUAUCAUGUCCUCUCUGUAGAUAGUUACACGUGUGUGUGUGUAUAUAUAUAUAGAAAUGUAACACGUGGGUUAUUCAUAUACUUAAGGUAAUUUCUGCGUUGCAACCCAUGCAUCUUCUUCUUCUGAAUGAACGUUUUAAUGGGAAUUUUAAGUAUUUUUGGAUAUAUUUUGCCUAAUGAAACAUGCCAAAGUUAUUCCUGGGUGGCUUCGUCAAACAUAGUUUCAUAUGGUUUUUAGCGCACAGGCUGCCGAUGAACGACUUGUGUGCUUACACGGACACAGGACGGUGAAUCCACACAGGAAGUUAGGAGUAGCCCAACGAAAAACACAAAUCUGGAUUUAGCCUGGUGGUUGAAGGAUUAAUUCAGAAUUUUCCAGGUCCUACCGAGAUUUGUGUUUAAUGUUUGUUACUCCGAUUCUCUUAAGUUGGUGUUUAUUGAAAUGUUUGACAGUUGAUUUAAUGAGCAACCCUUAAUGUUCACAGAGCACAGGCGUGUUGAGUCGUGAUUUGUUUGUCUAUUUAAUUAUUCACAGUGUAAUUUAGUAAUUUCUGCAUCCGAGGCUGGUUUUAUUGAGGACUUUAAGGAUGAUAUUGUCAGUUUCAUUAAGUUCCGAUUGAGCUGUUGUGGGAACAGAGCGAAACCAAAGUGACUCCAGAUGUGACGACAUAUCUGUUGAAAACUGGUUCAAAAGUGUUGUGCAAUUUCGCGCGACCGUUCGGAAUUGCUGGUGUACAAAAUGCCACGGCGAGGCGUACACACACACACACACACACACCUAACUCGACUGUACAUAAACAGAAUUCAGUGUAAUACUCAGGUUUAGUCACACAAACUUUAUAAAUCACAGACUUUGUUGUUUUCUGAUGUGGAGAAAUGCAGUGGUCACCUCUGUGGAGUAAAUGUAGGUCUCUUGUUUGAGUAGACCAUGUGUCUACUUUUUACGGUGUAAAAAAAAUAAAAAUUACAAAAAAAGGGAAAUGUACAGCAAGUUUUUGUGUUGUGAUGAUCAGCAGUAUUGUAAUCCACACUGACUGGAAUAAGCAUUGAUUUUAUAGAUCAAAAUUAACAAAAAUACUAGAGUAUUUGAGUCUGUGGGCUCAAACAAAAUGUAAGUCUUAAUGACAAACUGUGUUUCUCCAUAAAUAAAGCAAACUUCUGUUCAA